CGAGGCCGCCGCCCGAGGCGCACCAGGCUGGGCUCGGCCGCCGCCCCGCGCCGUCGGCUGGGUUCCCGCCGGGCGCCUAGCGAACGGGCCUCACGGGUGUUGGUGCCAGAAGAAAAGAAUGAUUGAUGGGAAGCAGACACCGAGCUAUAGACACUCAUCAUUUUGCUUCAGAUACUGAUACCUCAGUGCGCCUGAGCAACCCUUAUGAGCCGUGAGCAUCUAGGAUCACCCAGGGUUAUUGGAUGUACAAUAGGAGAGCCAUCAUUUUGCUAAGUCAUUAUCUGCUGCUGGACAUCUUUUACAAAAACCAAACUAGACCCAAGUCUAACAGAUACGUUCUAAGACAAUGAAAAAGCUGCAAGUUGUUGCUAAUGCCUAAUGCACAAGUAUGCUAGGUUUCCACCAAAGUCCUCAAUAUACCUGAACACGUGCAAUAUCCGAAUCCUUCACUUUUAGUUUUGGAAUCUACUUUGAAGUCUCAUCCUCUUUUUUUUUUUGUUAAAGAUACAAACCUACCUACGUAUAGACGUACCUGUAUAUGUAAAAUAGAGACCACAGAUAAGCAAACCCGGCUUUUGUUACCACGAAGAUUGCCAAGAAUUUAGAGAUGUAUUUGUCAAGAUUCCUGUCAAUUCAUGCCCUUUGGGUUACAGUGUCCUCAGUGAUGCAGCCCUACCCUUUGGUGUGGGGACAUUAUGAUGUGUGUAAGACUCAGAUUUACACAGAAGAAGGGAAAGUUUGGGAUUAUAUGGCCUGUCAGCCGGAAUCCACAGACAUGACAAAAUAUCUGAAAGUGAAACUGGAUCCUCCGGACAUUACCUGUGGAGACCCUCCUGAGACGUUCUGCGCAAUGGGCAACCCCUACAUGUGCAAUAAUGAGUGUGACGCAAGUACCCCGGAGCUGGCACAUCCACCUGAGCUGAUGUUUGAUUUUGAAGGAAGACAUCCCUCUACAUUUUGGCAGUCUGCUACUUGGAAAGAGUAUCCCAAGCCUCUCCAGGUUAACAUCACUCUGUCUUGGAGCAAAACUAUUGAGCUCACAGACAACAUAGUUAUUACCUUUGAAUCGGGGCGUCCAGACCAAAUGAUCCUGGAGAAAUCUCUUGAUUAUGGACGAACGUGGCAGCCCUAUCAGUAUUACGCCACAGACUGCUUAGAUGCUUUCCACAUGGAUCCUAAAUCCGUGAAGGAUUUAUCACAGCAUACGGUCUUAGAAAUCAUUUGCACCGAAGAGUACUCCACAGGGUAUAUGACAAAUAGCAAAAUAAUCCACUUUGAAAUCAAAGAUAGGUUCGCGUUUUUUGCCGGACCUUGGCUGCGCAAUAUGGCGUCCCUCUACGGACAACUGGAUACAACCAAGAAACUCAGAGAUUUCUUCACUGUCACAGACCUGAGGAUAAGGCUUUUGAGACCUGCCGUUGGGGAAAUAUUUGUAGAUGAGCUACACUUGGCACGCUACUUUUACGCCAUCUCAGACAUAAAGGUUCACGGAAGGUGCAAAUGUAAUCUCCAUGCCACUGUGUGUGUGUAUGACAACAGCAAAUUGACCUGUGAAUGUGAGCACAACACUACAGGUCCAGACUGUGGGAAAUGCAAGAAGAAUUAUCAGGGCCGACCUUGGAGUCCAGGCUCGUAUCUCCCCAUCCCCAAAGGCACUGCAAAUACCUGUAUCCCCAGUAUUUCCAGUAUUGGCAAUCCUCCAAAGUUUAAUAGGAUAUGGCCGAAUAUUUCUUCCCUUGAGGUUUCUAAUCCAAAACAAGUUGCUCCCAAAUUAGCUUUGUCAACAGUUUCUUCUGUUCAAGUUGCAAACCACAAGAGAGAUUGUGAAUGCUUCGGCCACUCCAAUCGAUGCAGUUAUAUCGAUCUGCUAAAUACAGUCAUUUGCGUGAGCUGUAAACACAACACUAGAGGGCAGCACUGUGAGUUAUGCAGGCUGGGCUACUUCAGAAAUGCUUCUGCACAGCUGGACGAUGAGAAUGUGUGCAUAGAGUGUUAUUGUAACCCUUUGGGCUCAGUCCAUGAUCGUUGUAAUGGCUCAGGAUUUUGUGAGUGUAAGACUGGAACAACAGGGCCUAAGUGUGAUGAGUGUCUGCCGGGAAAUUCCUGGCACUACGGCUGUCAACCGAAUGUCUGCGACAACGAGCUCCUGCACUGCCAGAACGGAGGGACGUGCCACAACAACGUGCGCUGCCUGUGCCCCGCCGCGUACACGGGCAUCCUGUGCGAGAAGCUGCGCUGUGAGGAAGCGGGCAGCUGCGGCUCCGACUCGGGCCAGGGCGCGCCCCCGCGCGGCUCCCCCGCGCUACUGCUGCCGCUGGCCGCUCUGCUGGGGACAGCCGGCCCCCUGGGGAUCUAGGCGGCGCAUCCAGCCACCAGACGGGUCCGGCCGUGGGGAAGCAAACACAGCCCCAGCAUUCGCUACUAACAUAGGAAACCCACCCUCAGACACCCCCCACUCAAACACAGUGUACAAACUAAGAAGGCCCAACUGAACUAAGCCAUAUAUAACAGCCGUGGACAGCACACCGGAGUCAAGACUGGUAAUUUCCGACUCCAGAGGCGUUGGCAGCUGUUGAUAUUAUCCCUGCAAAUCACAUUGCCCGCUGCAGAGCUUAUCGCCGAUUGGAAAGGCUGUGACAGACCCCCAAAAGGAAAGACAAAACAACAACAACAACAACAAAUCAACCAACCUAAAAACAUUUGCUACUCGCACGUGGUGUGCCCCCCGCACCACUCGGCCCCGUGUGUGAACCAACCAAACUGAAGCAUCCUUUGCUGGCAGUGCAUUGUGGGUCUAAGGAAGUGUGUUACAAGCUGCCAUAUUGGCCUGCUUCAGUCCCUGAACCCCUUCCAACCUGUGCUUUGGUGAACGUUGCUCUGUAACCCUUGUUGGUUGAAAGAUUUCUUUGUCUGAUGUUAGUAAUGCACAUGUGUAACAGCCCCCUUCAAAAGCUCAAGCCAGUCGUACCCCGUAUAGCUUAGCAGCACUGGGUCCACCCAGUGAGAGCACACAUCCACUAUCCAAGAGUGGCUGUAGGAAAAAAAGAAAGUGUAUCUAUCCUUUUGUAUUCAAAUGAAGUUAUUUUUCUUGAAAUACUGUAAUAUGUAGAUUUUUUGUAUUCUUGCCAAUUUGUGUUACCAGACAAUCUGUUAAUGCAUCUAAUUCGAAUCAGCAAAGACUGACAUUUUAUUUUGUCCUCUUUCCUUCUAUUUUGUUUCAUUGUGCAGAGAUUUCUCUGUAAGGGCAACGAACUUGCUGGCAUCAAAGAAUAUCAGUUUACAUAUAUAACAAGUGUAAUAAGAUUCCACCAAAGGACAUUCUAAGUGUUUUCUUGUUGCUUUAACACUGGAAGAUUUAAAGAAUAAACAUUCCUGCAUAAACGA